CCAGUUAUUAUGUUGACCCUCAGUUGUUCCAGGCGAUUUCAAGAACAUCGACAUUUAGUAUCGCCAAACGACCAACGCAAUUCCACGCUUGGAAACUAACCAUCUCCUUGACUCGAAGCGGUAUAUUCCUGGAAGAGGAUAACUCUAUCACAAUGGCAAGCCGGGGACUCGAAUCUCGGUUCGAGCACUUGUCCGUGACCGAUGAGAAUGACGGUGGAGAGGGUCUCAAGAAAACCGGACUCAAGUCCAAAGUUGUCCCAAAAUCACAAUUAUCGCAAACUUCAAAUGGCGGUAACCUCCUCAAGAUGGCGCUUUCAAACAACAACCCAGCGCCAGUAACAACAGUCACCGUCCCCUCCCAAGCAGCACAAUGGCGAGGAUCAAAUGCACCAACGAGCGCAACAUCACCCCCACGCAAGGCCACAUCCACAUCCUCAAGGCCUUCCGACGAGCUCGUAAAAGCAGAGCAAAAAGCGCCACAGAUUUACGUCAUGCCCCAGCCAAAGGAGUUCCACCUGGGCAUGUUUGAGAUUGGGCGGCCGCUAGGAAAGGGUAAAUUCGGGCGUGUAUAUCUCGCUAGAGAGAGAGGCACCGGGUUCAUCUGUGCCCUGAAGGUGCUGCACAAGUCCGAGAUCCAGCAGGGCAAAGUGGAGAAGCAAGUCCGCCGAGAAAUCGAGAUCCAGUCCAACUUACGGCAUCCAAACAUCCUACAACUGUACGGCCACUUCCACGAUAGCAAGCGAAUCUUCCUCAUCCUGGAGUUUGCGGGCAAGGGCGAGCUGUACAAGCAUCUGAGGCGCGAGAACAGGUUUCCUGAGUGGAAGGCAGCGUCGUACAUCGCGCAGAUGGCUGCGGCGCUCAAGUAUCUCCACAAGAAGCACGUCAUACACAGAGAUAUUAAGCCGGAGAAUAUCUUGAUGGGUAUCCAUGGCGAGAUUAAGAUUUCGGAUUUCGGAUGGAGCGUGCACGCGCCAAACAACCGCCGCCAGACAAUGUGCGGAACUCUUGACUAUCUGCCCCCGGAGAUGCUCAAGCCUGGGUCGGGGGAUAACUGGUAUGGCGAGAAGGUUGACCUGUGGAGUUUGGGUGUCUUGGCGUACGAGUUCCUCGUUGGAGAGGCGCCGUUCGAAGAUACUAUGAUUAUGACACAGAGGAGGAUUACGAGGGCAGACAUGACAGUCCCUUCGUUCGUUUCUCCGGAGGCGAAGGACUUGAUCAAACGACUCCUCGUUCUGGAUCCCGAGAAGCGUAUCCCGCUUGAUCAGGUUCUACUCCACCCCUGGAUCAUGAAGCACUGUGUGAAAGGGGAGCGAGCAACACAGCGAGAGUCGAAAUCAUCAGGCAGCAAAUCCUCUCUUGAGGGUAGGGAAUGAAUUACGAAUCCCUUUUUAUCCCUCUAAUUGUAUCUGGCGGAGGCGUUUUAACUUGGAUGGAACAGGACAGGGGAAUUGGACAUGAUAUGCAUGAAAGUUGGAGUUGGAGUUUCUAUGUUUUCCAGCCUUAACGCCUACGCUUACCCAUGCAAAUGAUAACUACAUA